AUGGCAAAAGUUACAGACGACUUUUUUUCUAAUGGUAUUCGUGACUAUUCGGUCAUGGUAACAGAAGAUACUAAUGAAACUAAGUUAUGGUUGGGACCAGCAGCCUUUGUAAACCGUGAUUGUGAAGCUAACGCAUCAAUAUAUUCUGUAGGCGGAGCAGCUAAUGUGAAGGGUAACAAGAUUUUCUUAUGUUUCCCAUAUCACAGUAAUAUCGACGGCUAA